GUCAAAUGAUGCGCCGGCGCCUUCACUAUAUAAGCACCUGUCCGGGCCAGACAUCACUCGCAUCUCACUUUGGCUCUCGCUCACACACACCCACACACACACACUCUCACCAUCACACACUCCUGAACUCCACACACUCACCCCCUCUCUCCGUCUCUCUCUCUCUUACUCUCUCUCCCGUACAGAUCAGUGGGACCGGACACCACCACGGCAAAAGGAAACAUGAGUUACUCCAGCGACAUUUACAGCAGCAGCUCCUAUCGGAAGAUCUUCGGAGAUGCCCCCCGGUCCGGCCGAGUGGGUCUGGGCAUCAGCGGCGGCAGCAGCCCGUCCCGCCCGCACUCCGCGGGAUACCGCAGCAGCCACCGCAACUAUGGCUCCCCGUCCUCCACCAACUACCGCAGGACGGCGGCGUCUGGCCGCGUCUUCUCCUCCAUGCCGGAGUCCGCGAUGGACCUGACCCAGUCCACCGCGGUCACCAACGAGCUCAAGAUCGUCCGCACCAACGAGAAGGAGCAGCUGCAGGGCCUCAACGACCGCUUCGUGUCCUUCAUUGAGAAAGUGCACAACCUGGAGCAGCAGAACAAAGUCCUGGAGGCGGAGGUCACGAUGCUGCGGCAGCGCCACAACGAGCCCUCGCGUCUGCACGAGCUGUACGAGCAGGAGAUCCGCGAGCUGAGGGCGCGCGUCGAGGAGCUGACGCACGAGAGGAGCCAGAUGCACCUGGACUGCGUGCAGAUGAACGACACGCUGGAGCACAUGAGGGAGAAGCUGGAGGAGGAGACCAGGCUGCGUGAGGAGGCGGAGAACACCCUGAAGGGCUUCCGGAAGGACGUGGACGACGCCACCAUGGCGCGCCUGGAGUUGGAGAAGAAGGUGGAGUCGCUGCUGGACGAGAUCGCCUUCCUCAGGAAAGUUCAUGAGGAGGAGCUGCAGGAGAUGCAGGCGUCUCUGCAGGCCACUCAGGUGUCGGUGGAGAUGGACAUGAGCAAACCGGACCUCACUGCCGCUCUGAAGGACAUCCGGGUCCAGUACGAGAGCCUGUCGGCCAGGAACCAGACCCAGGCAGAAGACUGGUACCGCUCCAAGUUCGCCAGCGUGACCGAGGCCGCCGCCCGCAACCAGGACGCCGUCAAGCACUCAAGGGAGGAGCUGAGCGAGUACCGCAGGCAGGUGCAGGCCCGCACCCUGGAGAUCGAGGCCCUCAGGGGCCACAACGAGGCCCUGGAGAGGCAGAUUGCCGAGAUGGAGGACCGGCACGGCAACGAAAUGGGAGAGAUGCAGGAUACCAUUCAGCAGCUGGAGGCUGCGCUGCGCAGCACCAAAGGAGAAAUGUCCCGUCACCUGCGCGAAUACCAGGACCUGCUGAAUGUCAAGAUGGCGCUGGACAUCGAGAUCGCUGCCUACAGGAAGCUGCUGGAAGGCGAGGAGUGCCGCCUCAGCUCCGUCGGCGGGGCCAUGGUCCAGUCGGGCUACCAGGGCUUCUCCUACAUGUCGGCCCGCUCCUACUCCCUGGGAGCCUACAGGAAGCCCGAAGCCAAGCCCGAGGAGGAGGAAGAGGAGGAGGAGGAGGAGGAGGUGGAAGACGAGGGCGAGGAGGAGGAGGAGGAAGAGGAAGGAGAGGAGACCAAAGAGGAGGGAGAUGACGCCGACGACCAGGAGGAGGGUGAGGGAGAGGAGGAGGUGGAGGAGGAAGAGGAGGACGAGAAGCAGAAAGAGAAGGAGAAGAAGAAGGAGAGCCCCGCCGGCAAGACCAGCAAGAGCUAAACCGCUGGUGUCCACUUGGUCUCCAUCGUUAUCAGUAACACGUUCUUCAUCCUCAUUGCGUUCACUUACAUGGAUCUGGUCUCUGUUCACAUCAUCUCUGUCAAACACACCUCUGCACAUCGUCACUCAGAGGCAAAGUCACUUCAUGGGGGGAGGAGGGGGGGGGGGGGGGAACCUUAGAGAGGAGUAGAUGUAUUACAAUGACAGGAGAGUUUAGGUCACGAACACACUCCGCAGAGGUCGUCAUUAUUUUACAUUCAUUGAGAGGCAGGCGCAGAAAGCUCGCAUGAUGCUAUUUUUUUUUUUUUUUUAGUUUGACGAAAGGAGGAUUUUUUCCUCAACAGGAGUAACAACAAAUGUGCCAUCAAUGAUAAAUAUUAAGAGCAAUCAAAGUAACCAUUUUUGUCGGCACGCAGACUUUAAGAAAAACGCACAGGUUAACAGCCAGUCCAACUUUUACGGUGCUAUUUGAUUUUUACAUGUAGAAGUUGGAGAGUCCUGUAAGUUAACAGGGACGUAAUCUUAGCUCCACCAGCUGAAUGUUACCCAGGAACGUUGAGAGGAAAGACCCCACAUGUCCCACGGCGGGGAGGGGGGGGGGGGAUUGCUUUCCUGUCCCUUCAUUCCUUCAACCCCUCUCCACUGCUCUCUGGUUCUGCAUCUCAACUCGACCGCGAACAAACGGAACCGACCGCCACUCAAGCCGCCCUCCUCGUCCUCUUUGAUUCACUGCAGCUUCACGGCACGAAAUACGGUUACACACGCGAGUGUGUGUUGGGAGGUUUGGGACGAGGGAAUGCAUCUUUGGGAAUGAUAAUGUAGACAUUAUAUUGCCGCUGUGUAUAUAUAUAUAUCUUUUUGAUUCAUUGAUUGAUUCAUUAGUCGGGGAAUAUAACGGCCAAACGCGUAAGAGUUUAAACAUUGAUCUGCAAGUCUGUUCUAGAUAACCAACCAUUUUUAUUCUCCCACGUACAAAUGUAGUGGUGCUUUUGUUUUGUUUUUAGCUGGACAAAGGACCUGGGGUGGCUGUCAGUGUCCGGCAGCUGUCGGUGACACUGACGGCCCUCCGCUCGGACUGUAAGUGGCAGUUGUGGCUGAAUGGUACAGAGCCGUGUACAAGGGCUACUUUCGCCAUGGCCCCCUCUAUCACUUCCCUCUGAACCACUUGACUUUUGGGCAUUUUCUGUUUGACAAAUGAAUCAACCAAUGGGCAUGAAUGCAUGGCCUGACUCUUCGAGCUUGAAUAUCUGCUGGAUGGGAUAGAUGUUUUUUGCUUGUUGUGUGUUCAAUUAAAAAAAACUUGCCUUAAUCAUGACUGAAAGUUAAAACAAACAAUGUGUUUCCCUCCAUCUCACUUGUUCUUUGAGAGGCUGAGCAGUGCUGCCACUUUCCAGAACUCUGCUACACAACUGUGAUUGUAGACGUGCUGCUGUCUCACUCAGUGAUAUUCCUCUCAAAGCCAAAUAAAGACAUUUAAUAACCGAA